CUCACCUGUGUGUUGUGAUUAGGUGAUGUUAAAGCAGCUGGUGGUGCCUGGUCACGCAGAGAGCCGUUUGUGGGCUUUUAGUGCUAAGCUCUGGAAGGGCUUGGUUUGUAGUAGUUUGGCUGUGUUUAGACUGGAUCAUGCAGAGGCUUCAGAACAUCUUGUUAUGGAACCUGAUGGCUGCAGCAAUUGUCUUUGUUGAAGCAAAGUCAUAUGUGAUGCUCAAUCUGCAGUCAAGCAGCAGUUUGAAGUCUGAUUGUGUGGGUAAUCAGAUGAGGCUGUCCUUGGACAAGGCUCUGGCAAUAGGGAACCAGCUUGAGGUGGAAGCUAUAAAUGGCUCCCGGCACAUUGUGUUAAACCCCAGCCUGGCUGCUCAGUGUGGCUACAGCAUGGAGUCUGACCCGUGGGGCAACACCCGAAUUUACACAUCUCUAAUGGGCUGCUACGUCGGCAGCAGAGAAGAUAAAACAUUUGGUAUUGGUUUGAGACUUCAAAUGUACAAGCUGAGCACUUCAGAAAUAGUUAGUCGUGAUGUGACCCACACAUGCAGCUAUUCCCGGUGGGCCUCCAAAGAGAUCCUCUGUGAAAGGAACUUCAUGGAAGUGUCAAACUACAUGUCUACAUCUGAUGGUGAAGCUAAAGGCCACCAUUCUCUGGACGUUAAAGACCCAAAUCACAUUCCUGAUGCCUCUGGUCCAGCUUAUGACAUCUGGAAGAUGACGUUUUAUACUCCAGAACCACUGUCCAUGGUUCUGAGAGAGGCCCAGGACGCUGGCUAUGGUGCCAGGAUCACCUCAAACCGACUGGUUGUACGAAGCCCUUACAUGACGUCAUUGACGUAUCCUGAGAAUGUUGCUGGAAUACCCAUGGAAGUUCUGAGAGUGAGCACUUAUUACAAGUCGCACCACGGCUUAAGGGUCAUGAACCUGGCAGCUGCUUGUCCCACUGGCGGCGUCCUCUUCUCGGACGACCUAAUCUCCUGGUACGUGCCCCGGCGCGUGACUCCGCUCAUUGACGGCAGCUUUAAAGUCCUGGAAACGCACAUGGGCAUAAACGGGCAGAGGCUGGAGGAGUCUCAGAUGGAGGCGCGGGGGUACACGCUGUCCGUCAAAGACUUCCACAUUGUCAUCGAAAUUCCCAUUGGCUCCCCUGAUGGUUACUACAAGAGCCAUGCCCCAGAUUACCAGUACCACGUCACCUACAGCGUGGAACCCAUGCUUGAGGUGCUGUGGAAGUCUCCUAAAAGCCACGAUGACGUCCGAUACAAGGUGUUGUUCCCCAUUAGCACCCCUCUGCUGCAUCAACCUCCUCAAGUCAAAGACAACACGGUCAUCGAUGACCGGAUCUUCAGCGUCAGCUUGGGGACCUUCCUUCACGAUGUGGUGCUGAAGAACAUCACAUUUUCCACCGGCGCUCUCACGGUGGAGGAGUGCAACGCCCGGGGCUUCACCGUCCGCGAGUACAACUUCCCCAAUCGGACCAAGCGCUUCUCCUUGGAAGUGGCUUUUGACGCAGACGUUGUCAUUAAACGCAAUCCUGAACUCUUGGUCACACACUAUCUUCUCCCUCUGGUCUUUGGGUUUCUUAUUCUGCCUGAAGAGAGUCCGUUCAUGCACCCGGUUAAUUUGCAGGCAUCUGUGAAGGACAUUGUUCUUCCCAGCCUCACCGGCACCUGUGACCCAAAGAACUUCUACGUUAUUGUGAAAUAUGGGAGUCGAGGCCCCAACUUCCAGACCGUGGUUGGGGCUCGGCCGCUAACCCCUGAGCUUUCAGGGCUCUACAACGUCCAUGACAACGGCACACACGUCCAUAUGGUGGUGCCGUAUACAGCAGAGGACUCGGUGUUUGAGACGAUAACGUCCAAUUCGGUUCGAGCCAGACUUGACAUCCUACUGUUGGCCCCAAACAGCCACUGGGUGCUUGGUGAUCUCUAUCUGGCCUGUUCCUUCCCACUGAUAACAACCAGGUGCUUCCCCAAUGGAACCAUCACCGCUGUGGCUGUGAAGGUGGAAUCGGUGCCCGAUCUCGUUCCAAGCGCGCUGACGCUGAAGGACAAAUCCUGCAAACCGGUUCGCAGCAACGAUCGCUUUGCUUACUUCUCUUUCACCGCCAACUCCUGUGGGACCAUUAGAACAUUCUCUGAGCGGUACAUGCUGUAUGAAAACGUCAUUGGCCUCCAUUCCAACAAAGCUACGCAUAAAACACAAUUUCCUCUUGGCUACAGGCAAACGGUUUCCUGCUAUUACUUGAUAAAGAAGAAUCUCACUGUAUCCUUCCACAACAAGCCCAGAAGCAAGGACCCUGUAGCGGAGACUGGGUCGGGGCGGCUGCUGCUGCAAAUGAGGCUCGCCCGAGAUUCAUCCUACGAGCACUUCUACCAAGAGGAUGACUAUCCAGUGGUGAAGUACUUGCGGCAGCCUCUGUAUUUCGAGGUGGGGCUGAUUCAGUCCACAGACCCCCAUCUGGAGCUCAUCCUGGAGAACUGCUGGGCUACUCUUCACGAGGACAGGGCAUCUCUGCCCAGAUGGGACAUCAUUAUCAACACUUGUAAGAACGGUGGCGAUCGCUACGCGACAGACUUCCAUCCCGUUGUGAGUGACGCCACGGUAACCAGCCCAUCCCACACAAAGCGCUUCUCUGUGAAGAUGUUCGCCUUUACUCAAGAUGACGAGGUUCUGAAACACGAGAUCUAUGUCCACUGUGAUGCGGUGAUUUGUGAGCCACAUGGCCAUGCAGACGGCGCCUGCAGCGGCCAGUGUGUGCAUCCUACAGUCACAAGCAAAGCCAAACAUGAAGAGAUAAAGGGAAUAAAAAGGGAGCAAAGAAAUGCAGAGUCCAGCCACCAGAAGCAGAUAUCGUCUGGACCUAUUCUUCUGUUGAUUCCUUAAAUGUCUGAAUAAAUGGCUUCUUAGA